AUGUCCAUGGUGGUCAGCGGUGGGCGAUUAGUAGCGACUUGCGGAGACCGAAGUGUUCGUGUAUCCCGGAACAUUCCUGAGUAUCACGGUCAGGCUAUCCUGAAUCUGAAGGAUGGCAGUGGUGACGCUCUAAGAAGACAUAUGCAUGAGCAAAUCGAGGAGGCCAAAGUGAUUUCGAAAAGUAUUGUGCGUAAACAAUAG